AUGGGAAUGGGGACGACGGAUCUCGGCUUCGAGCCCGUCGUUCAUGGCGGGCGCGAGCCAAACGGCGGCGGUGUUUCCCCCGCUGGAUCUGGCUGCGUACGACGGGCAGUGCGCCUUCCCCAGCGUGUGCGCGCCGCAGAGCACGGCGAGGUCCUUGACAUCGAGGCCGUUGGCGGCGAAGGCCUGGACCAUGAGGCUGAUGUCGCCGUGCAGGAGCGGAAGCUCGCCGCAGCUGGCGGCGUUGGAUGUGCGGCCGUACCAAGAGAGGAGCGCGAGGGCGAGGGCGAGGUCCCUGAGCGCGGAGAUGGCGGCGGCGAGGUGCACGUCGAGGAGAGGGGAGCGGGGCGCGCGUCGGGCGACGAGGCGUGCAUCCGGGAGCGGGGUGUGAGGACAUGA